CUCGGUUUCUACAGGGGCAGUAAGUUCACUGAAGUCGCUGAAGUAUCGUUGUUUCUCUUUUUGAGUUGUGUUCCUCCCUACGGAUAAUCAAUGGAGAAAAUAACUGAGAAACUUCUACUGGAGAAAGGCUCUCCACAAACCAACAAACUGGAGCAAAUCAAGACACUGAAUCUAUCUAAGCUCGGGCUAAAGGUUCAGGACUUGCCAGUCAAGCUGCUGUCCCGUCUCCAGUCCCUCGAGCGAUGGGAUCUGUCUGGGAACGGACUGCAGGAGAUGCCCAAGAACCUGAAGCUGCCUGCACUUCGCUACCUGGACCUCAGCGACAACCAGAUGGAGGAUGUUACGACUCUGGAGUCUCUAAGCAGUCUGGAAGAGCUCAAGACGGAGGACAACCUUUAUAUCACUGUGAGUGAUAAUUACAAGCUGAUGGUGUUGUUGCCCAACCUGAGGAUUCACAACGGUAAAGAUAUCGGUGCUAAUGCCCUCCACCUGCGCGGCGUCUACAGUGAGGUCCUGAGGACGCGGAUAAUUGCACUUUGGGAGAAGAGCUUCACUCUCCCAGAUCCCAUGACAGCAGAGAAAAUGUCCACCUUGGAGACAAACUUUGUCAACACUGCCCGUCAACAGAUUAAAUUUGGACCCAGUUCAGUCACUGACUUCACCAAAUGGAAGGUGGAGAUUCUCGCUAAGGAGUUCCUGCGUUCUCUGACAGAACCAAAGACGGAACCGGAGAGCAGCGAGUGUACUGAUAAAAAAGAGAACUGUGAAAUCUCUACUCCCACAAAGAGGAAAAAUACCACAUCAGAAAUGGACACCAACAUAAGCCUGAUGCCUCGCAAAAGGCUGCGUGCAGAUCUCCCAGUCUCAACAGCUGAAGACAGUCCUCGCAAAUCUAGCCUCCGCCUCAAACCUCUGACUCAGGCCGACACUGUCAGGAUGAGCCCCCGCAAGAGAGUUCAGCCUCCUUCUACCCCCACCAGAGGGCAGACACGGGCAGAGACACCCAGGAAAGCCUCAAAGGUGCCACAAACCACAGAAGAUGGAGCUCAGAUUAAACAGAAGGAAGAUGUCAACAAAAAAGCCACAAAACUGCAGAGAGACACUGACAUGCUGUCUACAUUACAGAACUGCAAUAAGACACAGCCACUGUGUCUGAAGCCUCUGCAUGUCCUCCAGUGCCACAGUAAACAGGACAACUCUGAGGAUUUCUCCACCCAGCUGUGGGCCUGUGCUUUCCAGCCGCUGCCAGAUUCCACCGGUGGAGGAAGCCGUUUGGUUGCAACCUGUGGUGGAGACUCUCUCUGUGUGAUUGACUGUGAAACGGGGAUGGUGAUGAAGAAGUACAAAGUUCAUGGCGAGGAGUUCUUCUCGCUGGCCUGGUCCACAGUGAUGAUGUCUAGAGGAGGCGGGGCCUCGGCUCAACAUUGCAGCAUCCUGGCGGCAGGUGGAAAGAGAGGACUGGUCAAAUUGAUCCACCCCAGAAACAACGUAGCCUACGGGGAGUUCAGAGCCAGCCGCAAGGCGCUGUCUGUCCUCCGCUUCAACCACCACCAGGGAAACUUCCUCUUCACGGGAUCAUACGAUAACAAGAUAGUAAUGUGGGACAUCGGUGGAGUGGACAGCCAGUACAACUUCAAAGUUGUUCAGCUGCUGGUGUUGGAGAUCAGUACCACCCCUCUGCACAUCUGCCUCCCUCCCUCUUCCCCCAGCGCUCAGGUACUGACUGCCUGUGAGGAUGGCCUGUACUGCUUCAACACACAGCUCGGUACCAACAACAGCACAAAGAGUCGGUCCAAGGAGAUGGAGAUAACUUUCCCCAUAUAUAAGAAGGAAGACAAAGACCACGACUACCACACCGUUGACGGCCUAAGUUUUCUUACUGAUGACAUAGUGGCCUCCAAAAACUAUAUGCAUGAUUCCAUUUACCUGUGGAGCUGGAGCAGGACCAAGGCUCAGCGGCCUGACAAGAAGAGCAUGACAGUGUGUGCUGUGGUUCUCGCUGAGCUGCAGUGGACCAACACUGAGAUUCCCUACCUGGCGCUCAACACCUGUCCGGGCCAAGCCUACAUAGUGUGUGGUGACGACAAAGGCAGGCUGUGGACGUACCACGUCACCAAACUGCAGAAAAACAGUUUCCAGAUGGGGAAACCCAUACUGCCCACUGAGGUGUUGGAGUGGCCGAUGCCGGUAAGGAAGGGCCUCAGCCAAGUAGAGGGCCCUUCCAUCAACAGCGUAGCAAUGGACCCUGAGCUACGCUACCUGGUGGCCCUCAGUGACAAGAAUAUGGUGAUAGUGUGGAAACGGGAGGAGUCCUCCUGAGCAGAACAGCCAUGAGACUGUGAAGUAACUUAAAGGAAGUCAGGCAGAUCCUAAGGGUUUUUGUACUGAAAAAAAAAAUCACUAGCGAGUACCAAAUGUUGGUAUUUGUGAGGUAGUACUUCAGAUGCAGUACUGAAAAUGUGACGGACCAUUACCUAACUCGUAUGUCAGAGUAAACAACCAAACUGGGUGUUUUCUGAAACAACAGAAUACCACUCUGUCAAACAGAGACAGACUGACAGAUCCUCUGUGAGAUCUUGUUCUUUGAUCAUUUUCUUCAGUUUUUGUGGAGAAAGUGGCUUUUAUGAUGCUGCUGCAGUUAUAUCUGUCAGCAAGUAUCAGCCAGAUAGGUUGAAGGUUUACAGUAACAAUAUUCUUUAUUUUCUAUAUGAAAAUAUCUCAUGUUGAGAGUAAAGUAAAACUUUUAAUUUGCAGAAUUUUAUAGUGAAGAGUCACCACUGCAGGCGAUUAGUAGUAUAAACAAGGCAAGAGAAUUACUGAUUGUUGCCAUGUGACACAAUUAUUUUUUUAAUCUAUUUUGAAAGUUUAUAAAAAAAAAAAAGAUCCAGAUCAGAUCCAAAAACCACAAAACAUGGUAUCAGUUAAAAAAAUUGUGUAAUCAUUCCACAUAAUAACUCAACUCAACUUUGAAAUUGUCAGAAAAUGUGUAGCAGACCAUAACAACUCUAUUUAAGUGUAAUUGAUUAUACAAAAUAAAGCAACCUUUGCUGCAAAUGCAGCUGUAAUUGGCCUCAGGUAUGUUCAUGUUAGAUCUUGUUUUAUAGUCUCUUUAAUGUGUGGUUUUAUUUGGCACAGUUUAAUUUCAUGCUUGCAGUAUGAUUUCUAGUAGUGUGCCUCAUUAUUACAUUAUGAACUUGUGUUCAAAGAACCAACAUGGAAAUAUCAAGAUAUUUACAACAUUUAAAAGGUGUCGCUCAUAUUGAUAAACCCACAGAUAAAUAUCACCAGCCUCUGCAGUUUCCUUCAGCCCGCCAGUGUUUUAGCAUGUUGCAACUCAUUGUUUUGAUUGUUUUGGUUCCCUAUCGUCAACCUCAUGUCAAAAACAAGAUCUGAUAACACUGUACGAUACCUGCAGAGAGACCGAACAGCAACGAGCUGGAGAACAUGGUGGAGCAUUUAGCAGCUAAAUGCGAGUUUGAUAAGUGAAACUAAUUUUCAGGAAGUCUUUUUUUUUUUUUUUUUGUGCAAUUUCUGCCCUAAUAUGUUUUUUUUCUUUCAUUUUCAAAUGUACGGUUUUUUUAACAUCUGUAUUUGAAUGAACCUUGGUUUGGACCGUACUGUAUACUGUUACUCUGUAAUGCUCUGGUAACAUUAAGGAAUAUAAACAGCAGUAUUGACUUCACUGUGAAGAUGAAAGACGCAGAGUGGAGAUGCAUCCUGGCGACUGACCGCUUACGAAACAGAUUCAGUACAUCCUCUUCCUUCCUGCUGUCUAAUUAUAUUGAUCUGAACAGUAUAAAUGCCAUUUAUAUCCCACAGUAGUUCUACUGUGCUUACAACCUGCCAUGUUUCCAUGUGUUGUGAAGUUACAUGUGAACUUUUUUCAUUUAAUUAAAAAAAAAAAAUAUAUGAUUUGCAAUUGGGGAUAAAAGGACUGAAUUUUAUAAAUGGUCGAGUAGUGUAUUUUAUUUGGGCUGUACCCUGUAUUGUAAUGAGAUCUGAUUUUGUUUUUCUUUUUUACUAUAUUACAAGGUCCCGGGCCACAAUUAAACUGGGGGCAUUUAACCACUAGGCUACCAGGAUGCUCAAAUAAAUUACACUUCAAUCACA